UAUAUCACGGAAGUCAGCCUUAUUGGUGUGAAACUUAGAUAAUUUAGUGUUGCGAGGUUAAGCUGGUCACACACUUGCAACUUGUAAACAACUCCUCAAUUUUCGCAGCAAAUUCGUGAAUUAAAUUUAAACUAUAAGAGAAAAUGCUGUCCUUAACCGAUCCUAACAAUGCUGGGGGCAUUCCCGACAAGGCGUGGCAGCCGCAUUUCGUGACUUUAGAGACGAGCAUGGGUGAAAUCACCGUGGAACUGUACUGGAAACAUGCCCCCAACACCUGCAGGAACUUCGCGGAGCUCUCGAGGAGGGGCUACUACAACAACGUGGUGUUCCACCGGAUCAUCAGGGACUUCAUGAUCCAGGGCGGCGACCCCACGGGCACGGGCCGCGGAGGCACCUCCAUCUACGGCUCGGAGUUCGGGGACGAGCUGCACGGCGACCUGAAGCACACGGGCGCGGGAAUCCUCUCGAUGGCCAACUCAGGACCGGACACCAACGGAUCCCAGUUCUUCGUCACCCUGGCGCCCACGCAGUGGCUCGACGGCAAGCACACGAUCUUCGGGCGGGUCUACACCGGCAUGGAAGUGGUCAAGCGGAUAGGAAUGGUGGAGACCGACAAGAACGAUCGCCCAGUGGAUCCUCUGAGGAUCAUCAAGGCCAAGGUGGAGAAGCUCUGAGGCACGGGGUGGAAUGGUGAAGGAGCUGGGAACGCAUGUAAAGACUAACACUAUCUUUAAAUAUACAAAAAUAUUCAAAAA